AUGGUUCGUGUAAAACAUAAUCAAUCUUCACGUCGAAAUUAUCAAAAUAAAAAUAAUUUCCAUAGUAAUUCUUCUAAUCAUAAUGUUAUUCAAGUAGGUCAAUAUGGUUUUUUUGUUACCUAUUGUUCAACAAAAGAAUCAUUUGUUCGAAAUGAAAUUUAUAAUCUAUUAAAUCGUUUUGCUGAUCAAUUAUUUGGUGAAGAAUUUUCUGAUGAAAAACAACUUGAUACAACUGAUCUUAAUGAUCUUGAUUCAGCAUUAGAAAAUGAAAAAACAAAAUUAAAUGAUUCCAAGAAAACAAAACGUCGUUUUCAAAUUGUUAAAUCAGGUACAAAACAUUCAUUAUUUGUUACAACAACAAUACCUUUAACAUCGAUUAAUAAACUUAUUGAAUCUAUAUUUCAAACAAGUAUACAAUCAAAAGAACAACAUAGUCGAUAUGUUGAACGUUUAUUACCUAUAUCAUUUAUAUGUAAAGCAUAUGAAGAUGAUUUAAGAAAAUUAAUAAUAAAACAAGAAUUUCUUGACCAAAUUUUCGUAUUAACUAAUGAUAUGGAAUUAACAAAUAAUACAAUAUGGUUUGAUGUUCAAGCAAAAAAAUCGAAUAAUACACAAGUAAAAUCAAGUCAUUUAGAAGAAAUCGUUAUAAAUGAUUUAAUGUCAAGAAAAUCGGAGGAUUUAAAUGGAAAAAUAUUAAAACGUGAUUAUAAAAAACCUCAAAUAUAUAUUUUAAUACAUGUUAUUAAAAGUUUAAUACUUAUUUCAAUUGUAAAACAUUAUGAUAUGUUUAAAAAAUAUAAUCUUGCAUCGAUUAAUCUUACAACAACGACAGCAAUGACGACGACAACAACUGCAACUGCAGCAACAACAACAGAAGGGGAGAAAAAAGAAGAAGAAGAAGAAGAAGGAGAAGGAGGAGGAGGAGAACAAAAACAAAAGAAGAUUAUAUUUGACGACGAUGAUGAUGAUAAUGAUGACGAUGAUGACAAUAAUGAAGAAACAAACGAUUAA